GAGAGCUGUCAGCAAAUUCCUCUUUCACUAUCUUGAAGCGACUGGAGCUGUUGGAGAACGAUCAACCAAACACCCAGAUCCACCAGUAAAACCAUGGAAGACAGUGACUCACCUACCUCAGGUUUCUGCCUGGCAGACUAUGCAGUAUUUGCUGUCAUGUUGCUGGUCUCCAUGGCCAUUGGAAUCUUCCAGGCCCUGAAAAAGAAUCCUACCAAUACCAGUGCAGAUCACUUCUUCACUGGGGGCCGGAGCCUGCCGGCAGUUCCCGUCGGCCUGUCGCUGUGUGCCAGUUUCAUGUCUGCUGUCCAGGUCUUGGGUGUUCCUGCUGAGGCUUCACGUUAUGGCUUCAAGUUCCUCUACAUGUGCCUUGGACAAAGCAUAAACUCCCUGCUGACAGCGUUACUGUUCCUGCCAGUGUUCUUUCGACUGGGCAUCACCAGCACCAACCAGUAUCUGAGGAUGAGAUUUGGCAGAGGGAUGCAGCUUUUGGGGAGUAUCCAGUUUAUUGUAGCGACGCUGCUUUAUACGGGCAUCGUCAUCUAUGCACCAGCCUUGAUCCUCAAUGAAGCCACUGGGCUCAAUAUGUGGGUGUCUCUGUUUUCCACUGGAAUCAUUUGCACCUUGUACACCACACUAGGAGGCAUGAAAGCUGUGAUCUGGACGGAUGUGUUCCAGAUCGUUGUCAUGUUGUCGGGCUUUGUGGCCAUUUUCAUCCAAGGCACAGUUCUGGUUGGUGGUCCUGCGCUGGUAGUGGAAAUCGCCAGAAAUGGAUCUCGCAUUAACUUUAAUGACUUUGACUUCGACCCGAGGAAGCGUUAUACGUUCUGGAGCCUGUCGGUCGGGGGUGCUCUGGUUUGGCUGUCCAUGUACGGGGUGAACCAAGCACAAGUGCAGCGUUACAUCUCCUGUAGAACAGAGAGAGCUGCCCAGUGGGCUCUUUUUGUGAACCAAGUGGGCCUGUGUUUGAUUGUGAGCAGCGCAGCAACCUGUGGCAUUGUCAUGUUUGCUUAUUACAUCAACUGUGAUCCCCUGAACUCUGGGAGAAUUUCGGCCCCUGACCUGUAUAUGCCGCACUUUGUGUUGGACAUUUUCCAAAAUCACCCCGGCUUCCCAGGCCUCUUUCUGGCCUGUGCGUACAGUGGGACUCUGAGCACUGCUUCCACCAGUAUCAACGCGAUGGCAGCAGUGACAAUGGAGGAUCUGCUCCGGCCUCAUCUGCUCCAAAUGACUCCAAAGAAACUGAUCCUUCUUUCCAAAGGACUGUCCUUCCUCUAUGGAGUUGGUUGCAUCACUGUAGCUGCUCUCUCCUCCUUCCUGGACUGGGGCGUCCUCCAGGGGUCGUUCACUGUUAUGGGUGUGGUCAGCGGUCCGUUAUUGGGUGUGUUUAUUCUGGGGAUGUUUGUCCCAGCAACAAACAGGCUGGGGGCAUAUUCUGGAUUAUUAGUGGGCUUCUGUGUCUCUGUGUGGUUGGCUGUGGGUUCAACUCUUUACCCACCGAGUGAGAAGACCAUGGGUGUCCUGCCCAGCUACACUGGAAAAUGUGAAUCCAGAAACAGCACCAUGAACAGCAGCCCUGACCUGGACCAAAACUCCAUCUCUGAAUGGCUGCACCCCACAGAUCAAGGGGGGCUCCACAACUUCUACUCCAUGUCCUACCUCUACUUCGGUGCCAUGGCGACUAGUUCAGUCAUACUAGUCGGGCUGAUCGUGAGUUACGUAACAGGACCAACAAAAAGAAGUCAAAUCAAAGAGGGUCUGCUGUGGUGGGACCUGCAUAAAAUGAAAGACGUCCCAUCAGACAGUGACACUGGAACACUAUGUGGGGUGUUUCCCUGCUCUCCGCUUAAUGCAUGCUGGGAUAGAUUUCAGCCUUCUAUGAACCUGAAGAGGAGUAACAAGGGAGAAAAUAUGACAGAUAAGUCCCAGAUGGUGCCUUUGAGGAACCUGCGCAAAGAUGAGGACUCAAAAGAACCUUCAGAUGGGAACGUUACAGUAUCGAUGCUGAGCAAAUGAAGGUUUUUAUUUAAGAAAGAAUAAAUGACAUGGCAUUUUAGAUCAAGAACUAUAGUACAAUGCUUCUACUUUUUGUCAAACUCUUCACGACUUUAUUAUUGAGUUUUGGAAGGUAUACAGCAUGUCCUCCCAAGGAUUAUCUGAGCUGUACUGCUGAAAGACUCUUUCACCAGGAAACUAAUUGUGGUAUGUUAUGUAGCGAUGCCCACCUGCACUUCAACCAGCGGCAGUCGACCUGUGACAGUUGAUGAGAUGAGCCUGGCCUGUCUCAACAGAAACAUCUCCAUAGUUUUGUUUCCUUGUUCCUCAUUCCCAGCAGUGCCUUUUCAUUAUCUGAUGCCAGAACAAACAUGAAGAUUGCAGAACAGAAGCCUGAUGAUGUCAUAGGAUCAACAACAUGGCCUUGAAAUAUAACAUACUUUCAUUUCUUAUCAUUUUUCAUUUGAGACUGUGGAAAAAUGAACAGCGGGCUGGGCAGUGCUGCUGGAUAAAGACUUAAAUAUGGACACGUAAAAGUUCACCAUAAAAAUGUCUAGAGAAGAUGAAAAGAGGCCAGUUGGAUAGUAAUAUCAUGCAGGUGAAGUUGUUUCCUUGUUUCCUUCCUCUGUUCAUGUGUUUUGUUCAACAAGCAACACUCCAGACAGUCCUUUUAUAAAAAAAAAAUAAACAUAAAAAACUGAACUUCAUACUAUUUUUAC